AUGGCCGGAGAUUCAGCCGCGAAAACAACAUUGCAGUCCGACAGUGAAGGAUAUACGCGCCUACACAUCACGCCACUGGAUGCCGACCUUCUGAAAGUCGUAGUCCCCGCCGCCGUCCUGCCGCAAGCCCGCAACAUCUCCUAUCACAACCUCGAGACCCUUCCCGAGAAGCGAUACGGCUUUGUCGAGCUGCCCCUCGCCGACGCCGACAAGCUGCGCAAGAAGCUCAACGGCGCAACUCUCAGGGGCACCAAGGUGCGCAUUGAUCAAGCCCGCCCUGAGUCGAUACACGAACCCAACGGCGGCGCCAUGGCAGACGAAAACAAGGUCAAGAAGCCCAAGAAGGAGAAGAAGUCCAAGCUCAAGGAGAGCGAAAAGUUCAAGAAGCGCAAGUGGGAGGGCGAGGAGGUCGAGGGCGCCGUGAUUCAGGACCGCAAGAUCAAGCGUGGCUGGACCGUUACAGAGAGCGACAAGAUUCAGGAGAAGCGCAGGGACAGGAACAAGAAGGGCAAGGAUGCCGACGGCAAGAAGGAGAAGAAGCUCAAGAAGAGAGAGGUCAAGUCAAAGUACACGGACGCCCCCGAGUGUCUGUUCAAGCAAACAUUGCCAGAGCCCCCAAGCGAGAGCAAGAAGGCCGACGAGGAGGAGGAGGAUGAGCCGAAGCGCAAAAAGAGAAAGGGCGCUCGCCAGGUUGUAAUGCACGAGUUUGAAAAGACGCACAAGUAUCCGACAUUCCUGAAGUCGAGCACAGCGACGACGGAAUCGAAGCCUUUGACUUUUGAGGACGGCAAGGGCUGGGUCGACGAAGAGGGCAAUGUGGUGGAAUCACAAAACAUCACAAGGCCAUCAUUUGCAAACGUCAAGGUCGGAUUUAAACAAAUCGCCAAACCGGCACCCGUGGAUGACGACGAUACCAGCAGCAGUGGCUCAUCUUCAGACUCGGAUAGCGAUUCAGAUGAAGUUGUGAAGCCGACUGCGCCCAAGAAGGAAACAAAGUCUACUCCAGUCCAGCAAGCCGACGAUACAACGAGCAGUAGUGGCUCAUCCUCGGAUGAUUCCGACGAUUCUUCGGACGAGGAACCAGCACCAAAAGUCCCUGUUACGAAGACAAAAGCAGCAGCUCCCGCGGCCCUCAAGACUAACGCCCCUCUGGCUGAUGAUUCCGAUGGCACAAGUAGCAGCGGUUCAUCUUCAGAAAACGAGUCUGAUUCAAACGAAUCCCCAGUGAAGCAAAAGCCCAAAAGGCUCCAGGUCGAUACGCAAACCCCAACUAGUCCCGCAACUGCGGCCAAGAAUGAUUCAGCUCGUCCAAAGUCCUCUGGCUCAGCUGCGAGUCUCACGAUUCAGAUCCCACCAGUGACGCCAGCAGCUACCAAGGUGCAUCCUCUCGAGGCUCUGUACAAGAGACCCGCUGGUACAGAAGCCGAACCGGACGCUGGCUUUAGCUUCUUUGGAAACAAUGACGAUAUCGAGGAAGAUUUGGAUGAGGCUGCUGCUCCCAGCAGUCAAGUCCCCAUGACACCAUUCAGCAAACAAGAUUUUGAGGUCAGAAACAUUCGCAGUGCUGCACCCACGCCUGAUACUGCUCAUCCGAGUCGAUCUUACAAUUUAUGGCCGCGACUUGGAGAAGACGACAUUGCUGAAGAGGAUGAGGAGGACGAGGAGGGUGAAGAUGCCGGCGAGGAUACCACCAUGACUGAUGCUACCACGCCCGGAGCCUCCGCCGAUAAGUCCAGUUCUAAGAGCGAGUUCCAAAAUUGGUUUUGGGAGCAUCGUGGUGAUUUGAACCGGUCGUGGAAGAAGCGUAGAAAGACGGCGAGCAAGGAGAAGCGCAACCGGGAGAAUCGUGCCCGCGCAGCAAGGGCUAUAUAG